GGAGAGCGCGAGACUGACAGAGCCCGAGCGUGCGUCACGCCAUUCCCCGCUUCUCUUUCCUCCCGCGCGCGGACACGCGUGCACCCCCUCCCUCUUCCUUAGAGAGAGAGAAGCGCGAGGCGACUUGUUGGAGCGGCGGGGCGCGCGCUGUUCCUCCCGCCUCCUCCUCCUCCUCCACCACCUGCACCGCGUGUCCGCGUGCCAAUCUCUCUCUCAAUCCCGCGCGCGCGCCUCCGUCGUCAGCCCCCGAAAGGCGCGCGAGCCGGAGAGGCGCCAUCCGCGAAAGAGGAGCCAGCUGUGAGGGAGAGGGGAACCCUCGGCGCGGCGGAGGAAGGAAGGAAGGAAGCAAGCAAGGAAGGAUGGGCGCCUCCUCAGGAGCAGCAGCAGGAGCAGCAACCUCCACAGCGGCGAGGCCAGAGCAUCUGGGCCAGCGGCGGAGGCUGAGUUAGGCGAGGCGAAAGCUCCUUUCUGCUCCUCCUCGUCGCCGUCGUCGUCUUCCUCCUCCUGCCUGGAGGGCCGGGCUCUAAGGGGGCGCAUCCCUCCUCCUGGCCGGGGGCGAGGCGGGCCCAGGGGGAGGAGGGGCGGGCGCGAGCGAGGCCCCCGAGGGCUGUUCUCCUUCGCCCUCCUUUACCUCCUCCUCCUCCUCCUCUUCUUCUUCGCCUUCCUCUCUGACUGAGGCACGCUGCUGCUGCUCCUGCUGCUUCUCCUUCUCCGUGGUGCCGCCGCCGCCGCCGCCGCUGCUGCUGCUGCUUCCACUGGCCGGCCGUGCGCCCAGGCCGGGCUCGCGCGCCUCCCUUCCGAAGAGGAGCCGCCGCCGCAGCCGCCGCCGCAGCAGCAGCAGCAGCACGAUGGCCGGGGAUGGGCUCGGCGGCGGGCGCUGGCGGCGGCGGCAGCAGCAGCCUCGGCAGGAGCUCCCCGGAGCCCCGGCGGCGUGCCUUGCCCGGUGUUAGCCAUGGCAAAUGGCAGCGGCGGCGGCGGAGGAGGAGGAGGCGGCGGUGGCGGCGGCGGCGGAGGCAGCAGCAGCUCCAGUGGCUCCAGUAGCAGCUACUACUCGGGAGGCGGCGGAGGCGGCGGCGGCGGCGGCGGGGCCAGUGGCAACAUUAGGAUGAGCAGCCCCGUCGGGAGCAGCCUCAACGCGGACUCGUCCUCGGCGCCGGGCGCCCGGCCGUCCAACGCGCUCAUCAUCCCCAUCACCAUGGAGGUGCCCUGCGACAGCGGGCAGCGCAUGUGGUGGGCCUUCCUGGCCUCCUCCAUGGUCACCUUCUUCGGGGGACUCUUCAUCAUCCUGCUCUGGAGGACCCUCAAGUACCUGUGGACCGUCUGCUGCCACUGCGGGGCCAAGGAGAAGGAGGUCCAGAAGAUAAGCGUCCCUGCGGAAACCCAAGCAGAUGGGGACAUAAAACCCACAGAUGAAAAAGAGGAAGUAGUGGCAGCAGCAGAAGUGGGCUGGAUGACCUCUGUUAAAGACUGGGCAGGGGUGAUGAUUUCAGCCCAGACUUUGACUGGCAGAGUCCUUGUUGUUUUAGUCUUCGCUCUUAGUAUUGGUGCUCUUGUAAUAUACUUCAUAGAUUCGUCAAACCCAAUAGAAUCUUGCCAGAAUUUCUACAAAGAUUUCACGUUACAGAUAGACAUGGCUUUCAACGUGUUCUUCCUGCUCUACUUUGGCUUGCGUUUCAUAGCAGCCAACGACAAGCUGUGGUUUUGGCUGGAAGUAAACUCGGUGGUAGAUUUCUUCACGGUUCCUCCAGUGUUUGUUUCAGUGUAUUUAAACAGAAGUUGGCUGGGUUUAAGAUUUUUACGAGCUCUUAGACUGAUACAGUUCUCAGAAAUUUUGCAGUUUCUGAAUAUCCUUAAAACAAGUAAUUCCAUCAAGUUGGUGAAUCUGUGCUCAAUAUUUAUUAGCACAUGGCUGACAGCAGCUGGAUUUAUACAUUUGGUGGAGAACUCAGGGGAUCCAUGGGAAAACUUCCAAAAUAACCAAGCGCUUACAUAUUGGGAAUGUGUUUAUUUACUAAUGGUUACUAUGUCCACUGUUGGUUAUGGAGAUGUUUAUGCAAAAACAACCCUUGGUCGCCUUUUCAUGGUCUUCUUCAUCCUCGGGGGAUUGGCCAUGUUUGCCAGCUACGUCCCUGAAAUCAUAGAGUUAAUAGGAAACCGCAAGAAAUAUGGUGGUUCCUAUAGUGCGGUUAGUGGAAGAAAGCACAUUGUUGUCUGUGGCCACAUUACAUUGGAAAGCGUGUCCAACUUCCUGAAGGACUUCCUGCACAAGGACAGGGAUGAUGUGAACGUAGAAAUCGUCUUUCUGCAUAAUAUCUCCCCUAACCUUGAGUUGGAAGCUCUUUUUAAACGACACUUCACUCAGGUGGAAUUUUUUCAGGGUUCAGUUCUCAAUCCGCAUGACUUGGCUAGAGUAAAGAUAGAGUCAGCAGACGCGUGCCUAAUCCUUGCCAACAAAUACUGCGCUGACCCAGAUGCUGAGGAUGCCUCCAAUAUUAUGAGAGUAAUUUCCAUAAAGAAUUAUCACCCAAAAAUAAGAAUAAUUACCCAGAUGCUGCAGUAUCACAAUAAGGCCCAUCUGCUGAAUAUCCCAAGCUGGAAUUGGAAAGAAGGGGAUGAUGCAAUAUGCCUUGCAGAGCUCAAGCUGGGCUUCAUCGCCCAGAGCUGCCUGGCACCAGGCCUAUCGACAAUGCUGGCCAACCUCUUUUCCAUGAGGUCAUUUAUAAAGAUUGAAGAGGAUACGUGGCAGAAAUACUACCUGGAAGGAGUUGCUAAUGAAAUGUAUACAGAGUAUCUUUCUAGUGCCUUUGUUGGUCUGUCAUUCCCUGCUGUUUGUGAACUGGUUUUUGCGAAGCUAAAGCUCUUAAUGAUAGCCAUAGAAUACAAGUCGGAAAAACGGGAAAGCAGAAGCCGAAAGCGUAUAUUAAUCAAUCCUGGAAAUCAUGUGAAGAUUCAAGAGGGCACUUUAGGAUUCUUUAUUGCAAGUGAUGCCAAAGAAGUAAAAAGGGCAUUUUUUUACUGCAAGGCCUGUCACGAUGACAUCACAGAUCCCAAAAGGAUAAAAAAAUGUGGCUGCAAACGACCCAAGAUGUCCAUCUACAAGAGAAUCAAACUGGCAUGUUGUUUUGAUUGCGGACGCUCUGAGCGUGACUGCUCUUGCAUGUCAGGCAGUGUGCAUAGUAACAUGGACACCCUUGAGAGAGCCUUCCCACUUUCUUCUGUCUCUGUUAAUGAUUGCUCCACCAGUUUACGUGCCUUUGAAGACGAGCAGCCGACGACGCUGUCACCCAAAAAGAAGCAGCGCAAUGGAGGCAUGCGAAAUUCACCCAACUCCUCGCCCAAGAUGGCUAGACAUGACCCUUUAUUAAUACCUGGCAAUGAACAAGUAGACAACAUGGAUUGCAAUGUGAAAAAAUAUGAUUCUACAGGAAUGUUUCACUGGUGUCCUGCCAAGGAGAUUGACAAAGUUAUUUUGACUCGCAGUGAAGCAGCCAUGACAGUGUUAAGUGGCCAUGUGGUUGUCUGCAUUUUUGGAGAUGUGACAUCAGCACUGAUUGGACUAAGAAACUUCGUGAUGCCAUUGAGAGCCAGCAACUUCCACUACCACGAGCUCAAGCACAUUGUGUUCGUGGGCUCCCUAGAAUAUCUGAGGAGGGAAUGGGAGACAAUGCACAACUUCCCCAAGGUCUCAAUCUUGCCUGGUACACCAUUAAGUCGAGCUGAUUUAAGGGCUGUCAACAUCAACCUCUGCGACAUGUGCGUAAUCCUGUCAGCCAAUCAGAAUAAUAUUGAUGAUACUUCGCUGCAGGACAAGGAAUGCAUCUUGGCGUCACUCAACAUCAAGUCUAUGCAGUUUGAUGACAGCAUUGGGGUCUUGCAGGCUAAUUCCCAAGGAUUUUCACCACCAGGAAUGGACAGGUCAUCACCAGACAACAGCCCAGUUCAUGGCCUUCUACGUCAACCUUCCAUUACAACAGGAAUUGAUAUCCCAAUUAUAACAGAAUUAGCUAAGCCUGGCAAACUUCUGCCUUUGGUUUCAAUCAGUCAGGAAAAAAACAGUGGAACUCACAUUCUAAUGAUAACUGAACUGGUGAAUGACUCAAAUGUUCAGUUUCUGGACCAAGAUGAUGACGACGACCCAGAUACAGAACUGUAUCUCACACAGCCUUUUGCAUGUGGAACUGCAUUUGCCGUCAGUGUGUUGGAUUCCCUUAUGAGUGCGACAUACUUCAAUGACAAUAUUCUCACACUGAUACGUACUUUGGUAACCGGAGGAGCCACACCGGAGCUGGAGUCACUGAUUGCUGAAGAGAAUGCACUGAGAGGCGGCUACAGCACGCCACAGACCCUCGCCAACAGGGACCGGUGCCGGGUGGCCCAGCUGGCUUUGCUGGAUGGGCCUUUUGCAGAUCUUGGGGAUGGUGGUUGCUACGGAGAUCUGUUUUGUAAAGCUUUGAAAACAUACAAUAUGCUUUGCUUUGGAAUAUACCGAUUGAGAGAUUUCAAUUCAAGCACGCCUAGCCAAUGCACCAAGCGUUUUGUUAUAGCCAAUCCACCUUACGAGUUUGAACUUGUGCCGACAGACUGGAUCUUCUGUUUGAUGCAGUACGACCACAAUGCUGGCCAGUCCCGGGCCAGUCUCUCCCAUUCUUCCCAUUCUUCCUACACAUCUAGCAAGAAAAGCUCAUCGGUUCAUUCUCUCCCAGCAACUGCAAACCGUCAGAACCGCACUAAGACCAGGGAUUCCCGGGAAAAGCAGAAUGCGACAAGGAUGAAUAGAAUGGGCCAAGCAGAAAAGAAAUGGUUUACAGAUGAGCCAGAAAAUGCCUACCCCAGAAACAUUCAAAUCAAGCCCAUGAGCACACACAUGGCCAAUCAGAUCAAUCAGUAUAAGUCUACAAGCAGCUUGAUACCACCAAUCAGAGAAGUUGAAGAUGAAUGUUGACUCACAGAAGGCCAGAACAUUUUUUUAAAAAAAGAAAAAAAACUGAGAGACUUCAUGAAUGGUGAUGUGACAUUUAUUCCUCUUUCAUCCUGAACCACUGGUGGAAAAAGUUACAGAGGCAAGUGUUUGCCAGAAAGCAAAGUAGACAGAUUUUUGUUUGUCUGCCUUUAAUAUUUGCUUCCAUGUAUUUUGGAAACUUAUUUCAUUUAUAAAAGAACAUAAUCAAAGCAGUCAUGUAUAGCCUCUAGCGUUUUAAAUUAUUUUUAUUUAUUAGAAAGAAAAUAUAUUUUUUCUUUAUUUCAUUGUCAAGUAUUUUCCCUUAACAAAACAGCUGCAUAUGUGGCCAGACUCCGAGAAAGAAAGAACGAAAGAAAGAAGGAAAGAAAGAGAGAAAUUCUAUAUUCCUGUGUCUUUCAGGAGAAUGAUGGCCACAACUCGAAAAGCAAAAAUGUAAUUAAGAGAGACAAAUGUAUUUUAAAAGAAAAGUUCCACUUGUAUUUUAGUAAAUCAAAGAAGACGACGCAAAGAAGAGUUUACUAGAAUGUUUCUUUCCUGGAAGACGUGUAUUUUGUUUAGCAUUGACACCAGCUCUUAAUAAACUGAAGCAUAUUUAUUUUGAAAAAAAAAGUGGAAACGUCAUAUUUUUGUAGAAUUAACUUUAUUCUGAAAUUAUGCAUCUGUUUAACACCAUAGCUACUGCAGAUGUUCAUACAGAGCAACUUCCUUACAGGUAAUUAUAAGAUCCAAUAUAGCAUAAAUGGGUAACAGCCAGUGGCAAUAAGGUAGUAAACAUUAGCAUAAAACAAAAACACAAUGCAUAGUCAAUAUGCUAGUUAUGGUAACUUCCAGAAUGUUGUACAGGUGAGGCUGCUUUCUUUCUAUGCUUCAUAUUGUAUGUUACCGAUACAUUUCAAUGUGCAGGAGUCAACCAUGAACAUCUAAUGUUUCUCACCAAGGACUUUCAUCCAAUCCUGUACACAAAGAAGUCGAUAAAUAGUCAGUCACGAUCCUUUACUCUAUGAUCUAUGUUUAGCUGAAGAAAGGCUGGCACUGGCUUUGAGUCGGCCUCCAGAAUUGCUCCCUACAAAGUGACAAAUGUAGUUUCCAUAUCACAAUUUGCCAAUGGCCUUUCAUGCUGGUAACGGAUAAAUCCAGCCUCUCAAUUGUAAUAUUGCCAGAUAUUAGGUGAGCUCUAACUGUGAUUCAAACACUGUGGUUCAGAUCUUGCUCAUGCUAUGCCUGCGGCCACCUAAUUUCUGUCUUCUCUUUUUAGGUGUUAGAAAUCAACAUUAAAUUUCCAAGCUUUUGGGACUCUGCCCCAUAAGGUUUACACCAAAACAAGUGUAAAUGUAGUAACAGAAAAUAAUGAAUGUAUUUAAUAUAACAAGGCCUUUAGAAAAGACCUACAAGCUCACUCAGAGAUUUCUUUCUUCCUCCUCCUCUUUCUCCUCCUCCUCCUCUUCUUCUUUCUUCUUCUUCUUCACAAAAUGGCCAGUAAGCUUUUCUAGUCAUCCGACAAAAUUGUGACGUUUCAUAUCUGUGCUGCAGUAUAUAGUAACCCCAGCAUUUGAGGCUCUAAAUAAUUUAGCACCUCUCUCCAGUUUAAAUUAUCUACUGCUGAUCUAGAUUGAACUGGGGCAGAUGACCUCCGGAAGGGAAGAAGGCAAUAAGGCUGAGAGAAAAGAUGACAUUGGCUCCCAGUACACAAGCUAAUUUUAGGCUUUGUGAUUGUGCAAAGUUGUAAAAACUGCUGAGAUUCAACAUUCUGUGAUAUCGUUAUCAUUAGAGUAAUAUCAGUGAAUCAAACAAGUCCUGAGCAGAUAAAGGUGUCCACUAUAUAACCCAAUAUUUUAUGCUAAAACUAUCUCAGCUUUAAUGUUUGUCUACUGGCUGCAGUACAAAUAUAUUCAUACUUACACCUAAUAGGCUUAAUUCCAGAGUGACUUCUUGGACUGUGACUACUUUGUCAUUAUGUUUUGUAGAAUUAGUUAUUCAAAGAGGAAAAAAGUAACAACUGUGAAUAUAAUGUAUGAAAAUUGGAUUGUUUCUCAAAAGUACUUAUUUCACCACUAAAAACUAGCAAAUGAACAACAGUUUUAUUUACACAUAUCACAAUGCCCCAAAUCUAAGGGGGCUCUCGUCUUUGGAGAUGGUAUUAUUGUAAAUCUAUGGGCAGGGUGCAAUUUGUAUUCUGGAUUUUGCAUUAAGUUAUUUAAAAUUAUUUUUCCAAAGGGCACAAUCCCUCUAGCAUGUAUGGGAAGGCCCAACGGCGACCCAACGGAGGUGGUACCAAAGCACAUGGGAUUGCACCCGAGUCUAUACUCCUUUUUCAUUCAUGAACUGCACAAGACAAAAGUACAAUAUGCCUCAAUCCCAAGAGAAUUCAUUAAAUUUCAAUCCUAGCACACUAGAAAAUUAUAUAAUCAAGUUAUAACCCACUUCUCUUAAUUUUGAACCUUUUCUUAGAAUGGCCACAGCAGAACCAUUGGUAACAGUGAAGUGUAAUACUUUACUAAAAUAACAGACCAUGAUCCUCCCAAGUUAGCCAUUAAGAUGUAUAUCAGUUGGUCCAAGUAUAUAAACACAUUUUUGAACCUAUGGAUUGGGAUUAUAGUGGAAGCUUUCUUACUCUUCUCAUGGUUGCUCAUGGCUUCGAGGGAAUCAAUACGUUUAGGUCAGUGCGUAUGUCAACAUUCUGUGAGCUGAGAAAAAUGCAAAAUCUGAUAUUCCUCAUGCAGAUUAACCAUUUCUAGAAAAUAGAAUCUUACUUGUUUUUAAUAUUAUUGAAAACAGUAUGUCAGCCUUUUAUGUUAUGAAAGUAUAGGCAAUCGCUGUUGGAAAUGUGUAGCCAGUUGGACUGAAUAGAUAGGCAUGGACUGAAGGAAAGUUUUCCAUACGCUGAUUGCUCUCUUGUCCUCGCCUAUAACUAGCAAUGGAUAAGAUGCUUGUAUAUUUUUGAAAAAAUAUAACAUUCACAAAAAUAGACAAGACUUGAUCCAUUAAAUCAGUGGUUCCGAACCCAUGGGCCAUGGCCCACUUGCAGGUCGCGAGACUUAUAAUAAGGUCAGUGGCCCCAAAGUUAUUAUUAUUAAUAUCUCCCAUUGCCAAACCCAAGAGUUGUAAUGGAAAAGCAGGCCUUUGUAAAACCCCGCCUAGUCCCCCAAAGUAGUAGUAGUAGUUGUUGUUGUCAUUAUUAUUAUUAUUUGAAAUACAACAAGAUGAGUCCACAGCAGACACUCUGCUGGCUGUUGUACUGGAUCACACGUCAGACACCUCCCAAGUGUCUAGGACUGUGUGAUGUAUCGGCAAAUAAUGUGUGCAGAUCCCAGUAAGGUGGCCUUUUUGCAGCUGGCAGAUGGUAAUCUUGUCAGCGCCGAUUGUGUUUAAGUGCAGGCCAAGGUCUUUAGGCACUGCACCCAGUGUGCCAAUCACUACUGGGACCACAUUGACUGGCUUGUGCCAGAAUCUUUGCAGUUCUUUAUAUCCUCAUAUCGUGUCAGCUUUUCCAGUUGUUUCCCUUCAAUCCUGCUGUCACCUGGGAUUGCAACAUCGACAAUCCAUAUUUUGUUUUUUUACAUGAUUGUGAGGUCAGGAGUAUUGUGCUUAUUAUUAUUAUUAUUAUUAUUAUUAUUAUUAUUAUUAUUAUUAUUAUUACAUAUUUCAAAAUGAUACUAUCUCCUACUCCUAUGGUCCCAGAAUUUUCUUGUCUUAUUCUCCACCUUUUCCAGUACUCAAGCCAUUCCUUUGCUAGUGAAGAAGUCAUUAUGAGAUGUCGCACUUUCCAGAAAAACCAGAAAGGAAGGCCCUUUAGAAGAUAAGAACACAAUAAGAGCUAAAUUUGAUCAGGACAAAUACCUAUUUAGUUCAGAAAGGUUUCUAAAAUGGCCAACAGACGCUUAUGGGAAACCAAAAAAAUGCAAAGUUAAUACAUGUAGCACUUUCCCACUUCACCAACUGAUAUUCAGAGGCGUCAUUCCUCUAGCACUGAAAGAAGUAUUUAGACAUCAUAACUGGUAGCUACUGCUCGCCUUAUUCCCCAUGUAGUAAUUUAAUCCCCUUGUAGAGCCCUCCAAGUCACUAACACUCACUACAAAAUCACAAAUCCUCAGGCCUGUUAGGAGUCAGUAUCUCUGCUCCCCAUCCUUUCUUCCUCUGCUAGUGAAGAACAUAUUAUGAGAUGUUGCAUUGUACGUUGAAGAGUUAGCCAUACUAUAACUAGAGAAAAUGGCUAUAGUUGUGAGAAAUAAAGUAGUUUGUACAAUUUGCCUUGCAGACCUAAUGGGGAAAAUUGCAAGUAAGGAUGAAGGCGCUUAGAUUACUUUCUAAUAUCUUCUUCCCGACUUCGCCACAUGCAGGCUUAAUCCUUGAGCAUUUUUUUUCUUUUUCAUGUUAAGGAGGCAGAACAAAGCAAACGCAUCACGGAGAGGUGAACAUUAUUCCCUCAAGCACAUACUUUAGUGGUGACAGAGAAGACAAUUACAGAAAGCUUUCACUAUAAGUUCAAGAAAAUUCUGAGAAUGGUAUUAGCUUCUCACUAUGACUCAUGUAUGGGUGCCCCGGAGAGGAAAACCAAAUGGAUUAACCCGAGGGCUUUAGUUGCAGAAACACACGCUUAAAUACUUUUUGCAAUAAUAAGCUGCAUAAUUUGUCACAUGACAAGAGCAAUAACUUACAAGUGGGUUAAUGAUCCAUGCAUUCGCAACUCAGCAUUCCUGACAUGGUCUGCCAGGGCAAGACCAGCCAUGUUACCCUUCUGAAUACCGAACAUGGUCUUCAGACACAACAGAACACCACACAGUAGCAUCUAUUUAAGGGCUCCAUUUUGUGGCAUGCAGCUGCCAAGCUCACCGGCUCUCCUGUAUUAUCAAACAUCACAGCUCCAUAGAACAUAUCAUAGAUGUACAUACAAAUGGUCUGCAUGUGGGACUGAUAUCCAUGCCCAUGUCACCUUUGCUGAAUCAGAACAACUGAUUUUCUUUGCUUUCCCAAUAUCCACAGAUUCCAUGAAUGUUUCCUCUUUCACGUUCAAAGUGUUUUCUUGCUUCUUGGACAUCUGCUCUGGCAACCCUGCAUGCAAGUGGCGCUCCACCAUGAAGGCAGUGAAGCAUUCUUAAGCCAGUUUAGUUGUGCUAACUUUGGCAGGAUGCCUCCCUCAACUGAAUGAGGGGUCCAUGCUGAAGUGCCAUCCCAGGGGCACAUUCAACCCUGGCAGCAAUGCAUUCUCUAUGCACUGAUCACCCAAACACACUUCCACUGGAUUUGUGAGAAAGCAAAAUUUCAUAUUGUUUUGUGAUGGCUGUUGUUACAUCUUUCAUCUAUCCUCUAUCCCUUAUUUCUGAUCUAGAGGCUUUCUAAAAUGGAAGGAAAAAAUGCAUUCAUAUAACUAAAAUUUAAGAAGAAACAUUAGAUUUUUAUUUUAAUACAAUUUAAAGAGAAUUUGUAAGGAGGGAAAGCAUUCAAGAGAAGCCCUCGGAGUUUGAGAGGUGGUCUUCAGAUGAUCUGAGAUAUAUUUUAAAUGCAAUUUUUAAUAUCUAUAUCUAUAUAUCUAUAUUAUUUUUGGAUAGUGCCCUGGGCAUACAAGUCUGUGAAUUUUAAAGUGCCUGCCAUGAAAACCCUGCAAUUAAGUUUAGAAAUCUUAUGAACCAUUAAAGGUGGCCUACCUACUUUCUCCACACUCCCAGCACAGAAACUAAUAUGACACUAUAACUUACAGAGGCAUCUGUCUUAUCCAGCUGUUUCUCCCAAAGGGACAAUAGAAAACGCCUGGGGCAUUAACUCAAAAGUUCAUCAAGAAAAAGGAGUGUGGUUUCAUCCUUUCUUUUCUUUUUUUUUAUGGUUUCUUUUGUGUGACUAAGGUUUGGAAAGAGAGAAUGAGAGAGAGAGCGCAAAUGCUGGUGCUCAGAAAUGAUCUACCUGACUUUGUCAUAUGUAAUAUCCAGUGAUAAAUCUAUUGUCUUGUAAAAAGGGUUUGUACAUAACUUGUACAUGGUUUCAUUUUGUAUUUUUCUCAGAUUAAAAAUUUAUGUAUUUGUGUUCUAAAAACAAA